CGUCUUGAUGAUGCAGCGAAGCGUGCGACACCAUCCAUGGGACCACCUGGGCUUCGGAGUUGGUAGCAGUAGGAAGGCGGACAGUGAUGGCGGCGUCCAUGGAGCGGAGCCGCGGCGAAGGGUUUGCUGGGUGUCCGCGGACAGGGAAGCCUUGGUGGGGGCUCAUAGUGCUCCUAUUCUCCUUGUCCUACCUGCCAAUGGCCACAGCGCUGGUGGAGGGCCUGUACUGCGGCAGGGACGUCUGCUACGAUGUGCUUGGCGUCACCCGGGAGGCCUCCAAGGCGGAGAUCGCUCGUGCUUCGCGCCGGUACCACCCGGACCGGUUCAGAGCAGGAGAGCCCGGUUUGGAGGGAGAGACACGGGAGACCGCACAGACGAAGUUCCUCCUCGUCGCAACUGCUUACGAGACAUUAAAGGAUGAGGACACUCGGCGAGACUACGACUACAUGCUUGACCACCCUGAGGAGUACUACCAGCACUACUACACCUACUACCGCCGACAGCUCACACCCAAAGUUGAUGUCAGGAUUGUCAUCCUAGUUACCAUCUGUGCCAUCUCCAUCUUCCAGUACUACAGCUGGCACAGCAGCUACAAUGAAGCCAUCAACCACCUGAUGACGGUGCCCAAGUAUCGAAUCCAGGCCAUGGAGAUAGCCAAGCAGCAGGGCCUCCUCAACCGAACCAAGGAGAAGGGAAAGAACCGCCGCUCCAAAGAGGAGAUCAGGGAGCAGGAUGAGGAGGUCAUCCGCGACAUCAUCAAAAACAAGAUUGACAUUAAAGGAGGCUACCAGAAGCCCAACCUGUCAGACAUCCUGCUGUGUCAGAUUGUGCUCUUCCCGUACUACCUGACCAACUACUUAGCCUGGUAUAUCUCCUGGGUUUACCGCUUCACCAUCUGCAGGGAGGAGUAUGGAGACGAGGAGAAGCUCUAUAUCAUCAGGAGGUACAUGAGGAUGUCUCAGUCUCAGUUUGAUACUCUGGAUGAAAACACCAGACAGACCUUUCUAGAGAAACAGCUCUGGAUCAAAGAAAACUACGAGGUGUUCAGAAAGCAGCAGGAGGAAGAGAUGAAGAUAAAGAUGGCGACCGACCCGAGAAUGAAAAGGUACCGCCGCUGGAUGAAAAACGAGGGACCAGGCCGGCUGACGUUCAUUGACGAAUGACGGCUGCAAGCCCCAUUGAUACACCCACCUCAGUGCCAACAUACACUGACAAUACACGCCUUGCGUGUGGAGGAAUACUUACAGAAAGAUGAACUAUGCCUGUUUAUAGAGUGAGAGAUAUUUUCCUAGCAAUCGGACCUCGUGUAGGCAGUGAUACGUGGAAUAAACUGUGAACUGGG